ACGGGCGGUGUUCCUAAGAAGCAASGGCCGGCAGCCCAAGGCACGGCCCAUCCUGGCGCACGUUGGGUGCGGCGGUGCCUCGGCGUCUCAGCCGCUUGCCGGCUCCCGUAACCCCGGGCACCCGUUGGUGGCGCAGCCCGCGCCGAUUCUAGAAAGGUUCCACGCCGGGCGCGGCGCCGGGCUGCGGAGCCAGGGCCGGCCUCUGCGCAAUUUGCGUAGCGAACGAUGCCCGCGCAGGCGCAGGAGGGGGCGGAGCAGCGGGAGCCGGGGAGCUGGAGCCCCGGGUCCCGGCGACCGGAGCCCGCUCCCCCAGCCGCGGCCUGAGGAUUGAGCAUCGGCCUUUCCUGCCCCCCGCGGCUGGAGGGUGGAGGCGGUGGGCGGGGGAGAACGGCUGGAUUCUCAAGGACCGACAAAGAAGCCCCCAUACGGAUUAUUGGAGGAGAGAGAGCCCCCAAGCUUGGGGAGGGGGAGAGCCGGGCGUUGGGCGCCCCCGCAGCGAUCACUGCCCUAAGCUGACCGGUAUCUGCCGGCUCUCCCCCUCCUGCCAGGCGGACUUGAGCGACCAGAGCCAGGGACUCCUCUCCUUCAGCCUCUGCAUCCCCGCAUCCCCCUGGCUCUGAGGCCAGCCCAGGGAGAGACACCCCAACCCCCCACCUCCUUUGCCCAGGAGAGGACUGCCCUUCUACAUCCCAGAGCCAGGGGCCCAGGUUGCCUGUGUCUCCCAAGGCAAGGGUCUUUCUGUUGAGGAGGAAGGCCCUGGCCAGCCACAACUUCUAUCCUUCUGAGUUCCCAUCUCUUGUCACUGCACCCUCCGUAUUUAUUUCCCUGCCCCCUUGCCAGUCCUCCAUCUCUUUCUCUGGGAUUCAGGCCUCCUUCCCUGACAUGGAGAGUAACCUGUCUGGCCUGGUGCCUGCUGCCGGCCUGGUUCCUGCCCUGCCGCCUACUGUGACCCUGGGGCUGACUGCGGCCUACACUACCCUGUAUGCCCUGCUCUUCUUCUCUGUCUAUGCCCAGCUCUGGCUGGUGCUUCUGUAUGGGCACAAGCGUCUCAGCUAUCAGACAGUGUUCCUGGCACUCUGUCUUCUCUGGGCCGCCCUGCGUACUACCCUCUUCUCCUUCUACUUCCGUGACACUCCCCGAGCCAAUCGCCUGGGGCCCUUGCCCUUUUGGCUUCUCUACUGCUGUCCUGUCUGCCUGCAGUUCUUCACACUGACGCUCAUGAACCUCUACUUUGCCCAGGUGGUGUUCAAGGCCAAGGCGAAGCGUCGGCCAGAGAUGAGCCGAGGCUUGCUGGCCGUCCGAGGGGCUUUCGUGGGGGCCUCGCUGCUCUUUCUGUUGGUGAACGUGCUGUGUGCAGUGCUGUCCCGCCGGCGCCGGGCACAGCCCUGGGCCCUACUGCUGGUGCGCGUCCUGGUGAGCGACUCCCUCUUUGUCAUCUGCGCCCUCUCUCUUGCUGCCUGCCUCUGCCUGGUUGCCCGGCGGGCCCCUUCCACUAGCAUCUACCUGGAGGCCAAGGGGACCAGUGUGUGCCAGGCGGCUGCAAUGGGUGGCGCCAUGGUCCUGCUGUAUGCCAGCCGGGCCUGCUACAAUCUGGCAGCCCUGGCCUUGGCGCCCCGGAGCCGGCUGGAUGCCUUCGAUUACGACUGGUACAAUGUUUCUGAUCAGGCGGAUCUGGUAAAUGACCUGGGGAACAAGGGCUACCUGGUGUUUGGCCUCAUCCUCUUUGUGUGGGAGCUCCUGCCCACCACCCUGCUAGUGGGCUUCUUCCGUGUGCAUCGGCCCCCGCAGGACCUGAGCACCAGCCGCAUCCUCAAUGGGCAGGUCUUUGGCUCCCGUUCCUACUUCUUCGACCGAGCUGGGCACUGUGAGGACGAGGCCUGCUCCUGGGAGCAUCGCCGGGGGGAGAGCACCAGCAUGUCGGGCAGCCUAGGCUCUGGCAGCUGGUACGGCGCCAUCGGGCGUGAGCCAGGCUGGUGUGGGGGCAGCCAGACGAGGACCACUCCUCUGCUCUUCUCCCAGGUGCCAGGACCAGGCGGCCAUCACCACAGUCUCUACUCGACCCCACAGACGUGACCCCCCUUGUGCUCCCCCCCAGAGCACUCAGACCCCAGUCCCCCUCACCCCAGGCCCCUGUGCCACGUUUAUCUGCCGCUUCUUGCCCAGAAUCCUGGGGGCCAUGACAGCCACCCCCUCUGGCCGGCUCCUUGCUGCUCCUGUUGUAGUGAGCUAGUGCCGUUGCCCCGAGGAUGGGAGGGCGCGGCCCUAGCUGCCAGAUGCCUACAGCGCCCUGGCAUGACCUGCCACCUCCGCUUCCACACUGGAGCCAGCUACCUCUCCUGUGCCUGCCACUCAAUAAAGUGUCUGUGCCCC